GAUGUUGGAGACAUCAUGGUUGGGACACUGGGGACAUUGGGGACGGGAUGUUGGGGACAUCAUGGUUGGGACACUGGGUACACUGGGAUCAAGAUGUUGGGGACACCAUGGUUGGGACACUGGGAACUUUGGGGACGUUGGGGUUGGGAUGUUGGGGACACUAUCGGUGGGACAUUGCGGAUGUUGGGGACAUUGGGGACUAUUGGGGUUGGGAUGUUGGGGACACCAUGGUUGGGACACUGGGAACUUUGGGGACUUUGGGGUUGGGAUGUUGGGGACACUAUCGGUGGGACAUUGCGGAUGUUGGGGACAUUGGGGACUUUUGGGGUUGAGAUGUUGGGGACACCAUGGUUGGGACACAGGGGACUUUUGGAUUAGGAUGUUGGGGACAUCAUGGUUGGGACAUUGGGGACUUUGGGGACAUCAUGGUUGGGAUGUUGGGGACACUAUCGGUGGUACAUUGCGGAUGUUGGGGACAUUGGGGACUUUUGGGGUUGGGAUGUUAGGGACACCAUGGUUGGGACACUGGGGACAUUGGGGUCAGAAUGUUGGGGACACCGUGGUUGGGACAUUGGGGAUACUGGGGACAUUGGGGUCAGGAUGUUGGGGACAUCAUUGUUGGGACAUUGGGGUCAGGAUGUUGGGGCCAUCAUGGUUGGGACAUUGGGGAUACUGGGGACUUCUGGGGUUGGGAUGUUGGGGACACCAUGGUUGGGACACUGGGGACAUUGGGGUCGGAAUGUUGGGGACACCAUGGUUGGGACACUGGGGACAUUGGGGUCAGGAUGUUGGGGACUCCAUGGUUGGGACAUUGCGGACAUUGGGGUUGAGAUGUUGGGGACUCCAUGGUUCAGAAAUUGGGGUCGCAGGGGACUUUGGGGUUGAGAUGUUGUGGUCAUCAUGGUUGGGACAUUGGGGACAUUGGGGUCAGGAUGUUGGGGCCAUCAUGGUUGGGACAUUGGGGAUACUGGGGACAUUGGGGUCAGGAUGUUGGGGACAUCAUGGUUGGGACAUUGGAGAUGCUGGGGACAUUGGGGUUGGGAUGUUGGGGACAUCAUGGUUGGGACAUUGGGGACACUGGGGACAUUGGGGUCAGGAUGUUGGAGACAUCAUGGUUGGGACACUGGGGACAUUGGGGACGGGAUGUUGGGGACUCCAUGGUUGGGACAUUGGGGACACUGGGGACAUUGGGGUCAGGAUGUUGGAGACAUCAUGGUUGGGACACUGGGGACACUGGGGACGGGAUGUUGGGGACAUCAUGGUUGGGACACUGGGGACAUUGGGAUCAAGAUGUUGGGGACACCAUGGUUGGGACAUUGGGAAUACUGGGGAAACUCGGGACCCUGUGUUUGAGAUAUUGGGGCCACUGGGGCCGUCAGGCCCAGAUGUUGGGGACAUUGGUGCCCUGAUGUCCCCAGCUGGGGUCCCCCACGGCGCUGGCCGACCCCCAGACAGAGCAGAGGCUGCGAGGGGCGGCGCUGAGGGGGGGGCACACCCUGUAUGUCCCCCGUGGGGCCCUGUGGGGCUGUGAGGACAUCCGGCGCAUGGAUGAGAACGGCACCCUGGCUGGUUUGGGGACAUCAUCUCACCGCGGUGACCACACAGCGCUCAGUGACAACGUGACGUCCCCCGCAGGCUCUGAAGGUGACAAUGACAAA